ACGACCUUUGAAACGGCACAAGGAAGUGGCAUGGCAUGACUCGAUCGUCGGCAAACUUUUCUCGGAAAACGUCCUCGCCGAAGGCGCUGUUAUUACGACCUACACAGUCAGGCGCGUCACGUCGUGUCUGUAAUCCGCAGGUGUUCUCGGUCUCACAACACCUGGGCAGUCGCAUCGUUGUCACUUACGGGACAUCCUGCCGUCCACCUGCCGUCACAAACAAGUACCUGGUGAAUCUGAAGCGACGGUCGUAGCAGAUAUGUCAAAACUCACACAAAGUUCCUACCAUGGAGUGGACUCCACACCACUGCUCCAGGAGAAGACCAUUGGGCAGCUGCUACAGGAAACAGCACAGAAGAACCCAGACAAGGAAGCACUGGUGUUCUGUGCUGAGGGCGUCAGGAAAACAUUCUCACAACUGUUGCAGGAGACUGAUGCUCUAGCUGCUGGACUACUUGCCCUUGGCUUCCAACCAGGCGACCGUCUGGCAGUCUGGUCACCGAACCGGUACGAGUGGGUGUUGACACAAUAUGCAUCUGCCAUGGUUGGCAUAAUACUGGUGGCAGUCAACCCUAUGUUUGGGCCAGAGGAACUGAAGUAUGCUCUGAACAAGGUGCAGCCUCAGGGUAUUGUGAUUGCUCCAGCAUCUCCAAAGAGAGACUUUUACAAAGUGCUGAUGUCUGUGGUCAGCUCUGAUGCGGGAUCCUCCAGUCUUAGUCAGCUGAAGGUCAUCAGUAUGAAAGAGGGGGAAACGGAGGGUGAUGUUCUGAAGUUUUGGGAAGUUACCAAAAAAGGAGGAGAACAGGAAGUGGAGAGACUGAAGCAGCUGCAACAAACCCUCCAGCCUGACCAGCCCAUACACAUCGCCUUCACCUCGGGCACUACAGGGCCUCCUAAAGCACCAGUCUUCUCUCACCGCCAUGUGAUCAACAACUGCUACUUCACCGGCCGCAGACUCAACUAUCAUGAGGAGGACCAUCGGCUGUGUGUUCCCAUGCCCAUCUGGCGUGCCCUGGGGAUGAUCGUGUGUAACCUGAACCCACUGGUGUUCGGACAUACUGCUGUCUACAGUGGUCCUGACUUCAACCCUAAAGCUGUGCUGGCAGCCAUCCACAAAGAGAGGUGUACAUCUGUCUAUGGCAAUUCUCCAAUGCUAAUGGCCUUAGUCAAGCAGCCAACCUUUGGAGACUAUGAUGUCAGCAGCUUGAAAACAGCAAUGAUUGGUGGGCAGGGUAUAGGGGGUUCGGACCUGCCACUGCAGAUGCUGCAGAUGUUUAAACAGAAGCUGAACCUCAUCAAUGUGACGGUUGCCAUGCCCAUGACGGAGUGUGGCCCAGUAGCCUUCCAAAGUGUCCUGGGAGACCCAGAGGAAAAGCUGACUUCAACUGUGGGCCGUACCCUCUCCCAUGUGGAGGUGAAAGUUGCUGAUGAUGCCGGUUGUACCGUUCCUGUGAACACUCCUGGGCACUUCCUGACCUGUGGAUACUACACCAUGCUUCAGUACUGGGGUGACCAGGAGAAGACGGACCAGGCUUUCACUGCAGAUGGCUGGUUUCACACUGGGGACAUCAUAUCUAUGGAUGAAGAUGGGUAUGUUCAACUUCUGGGGAGGGAGUCAGAACGUAUCAAACUUGGAGACAGCUACAUCUUCCCUAAAGAACUAGAGAAUGUCUUAAGGUCCCACAAACAAGUCAAAGAUGGGCAGAUUGUAGAGUUGUCCGUUUCUGGAGAAACCAAGCUGUGCGCAUGUGUUGUACUGGAAAGUGGAGCAUCACUGUCCGAAACAGACAUGUUGGAUUUCUGCAAGGAUAAGCUGCCAGCCAUCCAAGUACCACAGUUUGUGUGCUUCUUUGACACUUUCCCUCUGACUCCUACUAAAAAGGUCAAGAAGUCUGAAGUCAAGUUGGAGGCUGAAAGGAGAUUGAAGCUGUCUUCCAGUGGCUAGCCUUCUAUGAGAAACUGAGUAUAACAGAGUGACUGCAUUUAUCAGUUAAGAAACAACAGUCUGCCGUUUGUAGAACAUAUUGUGAAAGUGGUUACUUUUAUCUAAUUAUACUGGGUGAUUACUGUAUGACAGUAUGGAGGAUUUUAUCACAAGGACAUUCUUUUAUCUAUUUCAAGAAAGGUGUGUUACGUCGAAUGGUGGUUAUACCGGCUAUAUAGAUACAGAUACAGAUACAGAUACAGAUACAGAAACCUGAUGUAUUAUGUUCUGACUCUGUGAAAUGUAAAUGACUAAAUACAUGUGUAUCAAAAAGUCACUUGGACUCAUCAAUAGAAAGUCGUCAAAAGUUUCUGAACAUUAAAAAAUGUAUUUUUAUUCCUAAUAAUCAUAAGAAAUAACACUGUUUGCAUGAUCCACAGUUCAAUUGAUAAGCAUAAAUAUUGGAAAAAUAGAAGUUAUUCAAUGUAACAUACUGGCUCAGUAUGUUGUGAGAUAUUCAUAUUGCUGCAAUGCUGUAUAAUGUAUAAUGUAUAUGGACCAAAUGCUUGUAAUAAAGUACCCACUCAAAUAUGAAGCAGGUCUUUAUAUUGUUUAUAUGUAUGUGUCUUAAGAUCAGAUUUUUCUUGUAAAAGGUGUAGUUAGAACUUCAAGAUAAAAAUCAACUUCU